AUGGCGCUGGGAGGGGGAAGGUCGCGGGCUCGACGGAUUGGCGAUGAUUUCCCUCCCUCGGCAGCUAAGCCCAGAUCACCCACACCUCUCCUAAAGCAUUGCUGCGCUUCGGGGGGCCCGUCUGUACAAAAAAGCGCAAACCCCACCCGGCAGCUUGGCCGUGGGGGGCUGCUUCGGCCUUUUUGCCGGGUUAUUUGGCUGGGGGAAUUGCUGCUGGAAGAAGCUGAGCGCGCAGCUCCCCCGGCCCUCACCCCGACCCACUCGGCCUCUGCUGCCUUCGCCCUGGCUGCCCGGCUCGUCCCGGUUGCCACAGCCUUGUCCAGGAUAUCCCGGCUCACAAGGGUGCCCCACCCUCGUCCAGAUCCCCCAACUCAUCCACAGCACCCCCAGUUUAUCCCUGUUACCGCAGAUUUCCUGCAGAAACCCAGCUCGUCCAGGGUGCCCCCAGCCCUCUCCAAGGAACUACAGCUCUUCCAGGCUACCCCGCCUCAUCCAGGAUGCCCCAGCUCACCCGCAGUUGCCAGGCACGGAGCAGUCAAGAGUGAAGAUACCUUUAAGACUCCUCAAUUUCAUUUUGAUCUGUGGUUCUACUUUACUCUGCAGAACUGGGUGCUGGACUUCGGGCGUCCUAUUGCGAUGAUUAUUCUACCUUUGGAGUGGUUUCCACUGAACAAACCAAGUGCUGGAGAUUAUUUCCACAUGGCUUACAAUGUUAUCACACCAUUUCUUCUGCUAAAGCUCAUUGAAAGAUCCCCUAAGACCUUACCAAGAUCAAUGGUGUACGUCAGCAUCAUCGUGUUUGUCAUGGGAGCAAGCAUCCACUUGGUUGGAGACUCUGUAAACCAUCGCUUGAUUUUCAGCGGCUACCAGCACCAUCUGUCUGUACGAGAGAAUCCAAUCAUCAAAAACUUGAAGCCAGAGACACUGAUUGAUUCCUUUGAGCUGCUGUACUACUACGAUGAAUAUUUAGGUCAUUCAAUGUGGUACAUCCCUUUCUUUCUGAUACUGUUUAUAUAUUUCACUGGCUGCUUUACUCCUGUUGAAGAAGAGAGCAGGAUGCCACUGGCUGCAUUGCUUCUAAUGGGGCCAAGCAGCCUUUAUUACUGGUAUCUCGUGACAGAGGGUCAGAUUUUCAUCCUCUACAUUUUCACUUUCUUUGCCAUGAUGGCUUUAGUGAUGCACCAGAAACGCAAAGGACUUGUCCUGGACAGCAAUGGGCUUUUUCUGUUCUACUCCUUCAUCAUAACAUUAGUCCUAAUUGCUGUUUGGGUGAUUUGGCUGUGGAAUGACAAAAUUCUCAGGAAGAAGUACCCUGGCGUGAUCUAUAUCCCCGAGCCGUGGGCAUUUUACACCCUGCACAUGAACAACCUCCAUGCAGCAAAGGAAAGUUUAUAAGUUUUGAUAUUUUAGAGUGAUUUGAAGAAAAAAUAUCUAGUUUUUCUAAUGUAGACAUAUUUCAAAUAAAUUACUGACCAACAUUAGCUGUAAGGCAUAUCAUAUGUUAACCAGACCUAGCUAAGGAGGGGGGUGGUUUGAACAAAAGGGAAAUAGAGUCCCUGUGACUGUUAACGCUUUAGAAGCUGCUAGCACGGCACAGUUACCUCCCCUAGCCUCGCAUCAACCAUCUCUAGUUUGUGACAACGCAACUCUAUACUGGACCUUUUUUGGGUGCUUAGAGGACAGCAGCAAUUCCCUUCCUCAUCAGAGCAGAGACUCAGCAGCUCUGUCCUGUGUGCGUGCGCGCCCCUCAGCUUUGCGCCGAGGUGGUACGUAACAGCGCGCGCGUCCACGCUGUUGCUGAGCGGCCGUCCCGCUGCUGCUACCGCAGCGAGCCUUCCCGUCCUCUAGCGAGAGCGGUUUGCCAGGAAUUCAGCGCGCGCUCAUCCUCCCUGCACCUUGGCACGGAGCAGCAGAGAUUUAUCCCCUCCUCCUACGCUGCUCCAAGCCCGAGUAAACAGGCAGGGGAAGGGCUUUGCGCUGCGGAGGAGGCUGGGCGCUUCUUCCUGACCUGCUGCCGCAGGCUCUGCUCGCGCCGGCCGGCUCCCCGCCCCCCCCAGGU